GAGACUCUAUCAUAUAGCGCCUCGGCUCAAUUCAGCUUAAAGUUCUAGUUCCCGGUUUGUCGUCACAUGCGAAUGUCGAAGAAAUCCGCAAGCAGUGUCAAAAAAUGGUGUCGUGGUCGUGGCCAAAAUCUCCGCGGAUGCCGUUAGGCAGAUUAAUGGUGGUCAUUUGUUUGGCGAUUUUCGGUGGUUUGGCUGAGGCCGUCGUUGAUGUGCCAUCGAACUGUCUUCAGCACACGGAUAUAACGGGGACUUACGAUCAGUACUGGGCGCUGGACGAGAUUGGAAACCAGCGAUCGGAGGACGUCCCGAUCGAUUUCUACAUGUACAUUGAGGUUCGGAACUUCGAGGAGGAGAUCGCGAUGCUGCUUUCGAACAAUGAUCGAUCGUUUGAGUAUCCGGACUUUGCCAGAACGUACGAGAUUCGGCUGGGUAAUGUCUAUACGGUUAUCUACAGGGAGACGAUCAAGAUGCAGGCUUAUCACAGUCCGAAGGAUAAGCUAUUCCCGGGUGAUAAGUUUAUGAUAAGGUUCCGGAUCUUGAAAGAGGGUAACAUCACGAUCACUCUGGAUGACAACGAUCGGAAGCCUCUGUUGAACGUGUUUGAUGUUCAUGGUCCGCUGGACGUGAAGUACAUAAGCUUCGGGUCGCGAAUGAACGCCUAUCCGAUAACGUUUCACUUCAAGUGCGAUCAGGACAUCCCAAGUACUGAGGAACCUCAUGCAGAUGCCCUUCAUGGAUGCCCGGUUUGUCCCAAGCAGAAGUGUGAAGUGAUCGUGAAGGCAUGUGCCGAUAAUAACAAGGACCCAGGUGCGUCCGACCCGGAGAAACAAAAAUAUUACUUCUACUUCAACAUGUAUCUGAGCAACAAGAACAAAGCGAAGAACUCGGCUGCCCAACUGAAUUGAACCUCUUCGCCGCGAGUUUGGGGUUGCAAUCUAGACGUACAUAUCCACAUCGUUUUAUACCAGAAUAAAUACCCUCAAUUUAUCCGGGUAACGAUCGAUUGCACAGUUUUAUU